UUCCUGGUGGCCUGGAAUGUGCCCACCCAGGACUGCAAGCCCCGCUUCCAGGUGUCCCUCGACUUCAGCCUCUUUGACCUGCAGGCCUCCCCCAAUGAGGGCUUCGUGGGGCAGAACCUCACCAUCUUCUACAAGGAGCGCCUGGGGCUCUACCCCUACUACACCAGCCAGCGCGUGGCCGUCAACGGCGGCGUCCCCCAGAACAGCAGCCUGUCCGAGCACCUCGCCCGCCUCCAAGACAGCAUCAGCAAGUACAUCCGCUCGCCCGCCCAGGAGGGUCUGGCCUGGUCGCGCGAGGAGGUGAGCAAGCAGGCCGUGUUUGAGUUUGAGUCGGCUGCCCGGCAGUUCAUGGUGAGCACGCUGCGCAUGGCCAAGAGCUUCCGCCCCAAGCAGCUCUGGGGGUUCUACCUCUUCCCUGACUGCUACAACCACGACUACAGCAAGAACAAGGAGAGCUACACUGGGCAGUGCCCGGAUGUGGAGAAGACGCGCAAUGACCAGCUGGCGUGGCUCUGGAGGGAGAGCACGGCCCUCUACCCCUCCAUCUACCUCGACCUGCUCCUGGCCUCUACCCCCAACAGCCGCAAGUUUGUGCGGGCGCGGGUGAUGGAGGCCAUGCGCAUCUCACAGCAGCAUCAUGAUGGCUACUCCCUGCCUGUCUUCGUCUACACCCGGCCCACCUACAUCCGCAAGCUGGAUGUACUCAGCCAGCCGGACCUGAUCUCCACCAUUGGAGAGAGUGCAGCGCUGGGUGCAGCUGGGGCCAUUUUCUGGGGUGAUGCGGACUACACUAAAAACCGGGACUCAUGCCAGAUCAUCAAGAACUACCUGGAGGGGGACCUGGGCCGCUACAUCGUGAAUGUCACGACAGCAGCGCAGCUCUGCAGCACGGCGCUGUGCCAGGGCCGGGGCCGCUGCCUGCGCCAGGACAGCAUGGCUGAUGUCUUCCUCCACCUCAACUCCACCAGCUUCCAGCUGCGGCGCCGGGAUGGGGACCACCCUCAGCACCCCCUCUUCUGGGCCGAGGGCCAGCUGUCCUCU